AUGGGCAAUCGUAACCAACACGUUAUAACGUCCAAGAGAGCGUUGCGGGAGAAAGCGUUGUCUUCCGCAAGUCCGUACGUGUCAGAGCAACAUGACUUAUACUUGAAUGCGAAUGCCACUGACAUAGUUGAUCGCAUUGCAAAGGGCGAGUGGACUGCAUCCAAAGUAUUGGAGGCGUAUAUCGCACGUGCAGCGGUUGCGCAAGCAGCAACUAACUGUCUUACGGAGGUGCUAUUUGAAGAAGCCAGGAAAGAAGCUUGGGCAAUAGACAAGGAGUUUGCAACAACGGGGCUAUUACGCGGCCCACUACACGGUGUUCCAGUCAGCUUCAAGGAUCAAUACAGUAUCACUGGGUACGACUCAACCAUUGGAUUUACGCAGUGGGCGAAUAAACCUCGUGAAAAAGAUGCAUUUGUUCGUCUUCUGCUUCCCGGUGCCAUCAUUAUUGUAAAAACAAACGUCCCUCAGACAAUGUUUGCUUUUGAAUGCUGUAAUCCGCUUUGGGGUUGCACUACUAACCCUUGGAACAAUAAUUAUACCUGUGGAGGUAGCUCUGGGGGAGAGGCUGCAUUAUUGGCAUUGGGUGGCUCCGCUCUUGGUAUAGGUUCAGAUAUUGGCGGUAGUCUCCGUAUACCCGCGUCAUAUUGUGGGAUCUAUUCUUUCAAACCUGUCUAUGAGCGCGUCAGCGGAUAUGGAUGUGUAGGCCCCAACCCAGGAUAUGAAGCAGUUCGAACGAGCUUUGGCCCUAUGGCUCGUUCUGUGCAAGACUGCGAGCUAUUUUGUCGGACAAUCUUCGGACAGCAAGACCCCUCCAACCAAACUGCUCCACUGCCAUACCGUGAAGUGUUGUUACCCACCAAGCUGCGUUUUGGAUAUUAUACAUAUGAUGGGGUAGUCAGAGCAUCCCCUGCAAACAAGCGGGCUGUGCUGGAAACUGUGGAUGCAUUGAGGAAACAAGGUCACGAAUGCAUAGAGUUCAGAACUUCAUUGCCUCUUGAAGUCAUGAAGGUAUUUGUAGGUUUGGCGACUGCUGAUGGAUAUGAAAGGAUAUUGUCCCAUUUAGGUCCUGAUCCAAAGGAAAGCAGCAUGUUCCUAUCGACCAUAGGACCGAAACUUCCUGGUUUUGUACGAAACUUCGUAUCCUGGGCUGCGGAAACUUUCUUGAAUGAUUCCAUGUUUGCAAGCGUUUUGCGACUCGCUCGGAAGAAAACGGUCGGGGAAUAUAUCGAGUUGGCUGAUAAAAGGAAUAAACUUAUAGCUGCUUGGAACAACGAGAUUUGGGAGGAGUAUAAUUUCGACGGCAUUAUAGCACCUGUGCAAGCUUUGCCAACUCUACCUCACGGUGGUUGUGCAUACCUAUCACCGAUCGCUUGUGCUACAAUUUUGUACAACAUUGUCGAUAGCCCUGUGGGUACUAUUCCGGUUACAAGAGUAGACCCUGCCAAAGAUGGGUUAACAGAGGAGUGGACCCCUGGUGCUGGGGGAGGCUCGCCAAUCCUCGAGUCCAGGAUGUACAAAGGCACCGAAGCGAUAUACAAUCCAGGAGCUAUGAAAGGGAUUCCCGUAGGUGUACAGAUUGUAGGAAAGAGAUGGGAGGACGAGAAGGUCAUUGCGAUGAUGCAUGUUGUUGAUGCUGCUCUGGGUCCUAGAGAUUUUGGACCUGGUAGCUGGAGGGCCCGGUGA